AUGGCCAAAGCUGAUCAGGCCAACCAGAGUCGUUCAUCCAUUCAGUCAGCCUCAAUCGAUUCAAGAGAAUCAAUCGACACCACCAAGUCGAAACAUAAGCAGGAAGAACCGCCCUCUCCUUCGUCCGAGCCUCGUCCGGCAAAGAACCCCGUCCAUCGGAUCCAUGCUCCGGGCAGCGUUCAGGCUUUGACAGCCGACGACGAUGUCCUCUUUGCUGGAACACAGGGAGGAAGCAUCGUUGUUUGGUCUUUAGAAACCUACGAUCAACUGGCCGUGGUACCUGCUCAUCAGGAGAGUGUCUUGAGCCUCGCCCUCUCAGAGGACAAGUCUCUCCUCUUCUCGACGGGGGCCGACUCCAUUGUCAAUGUAUGGUCCACACAGACUCUACAGAGAUUGUAUUCUCUCUAUUCUCACUUCGAGAUUGGCGACAUCUUCUGCGUGGUCUAUUCUCCCAAAACCCAGACCUUAUUUUGGGGCGCUCAAAAUUCAAGCGUGCAGUGGUACAAGCUCAGCACCGAUGCCGGUGUCAGAUCACCAACUCUGACCUUUUCGCCCGGGUCUCGAAAACAUCGAUUUUUCGACUCACUAGGGCCCGGGGGCGUCGCCGAUAUCAUCUCCGACGAAGAUGGCCCAAAUUCAGGUCUUCACAAUCAAGGAGGUCGUGUCUUGACCAUACCAAGCAGGAAUUAUCUUCCAUAUGCUCACAAAAGCUACAUCUACAGCAUGUUACUAGUGAAGGGACUCUUCACCCACGAUAAAGAUGAGGAAAUCCUCAUUACUGGUGGAGGAGACGGAACGAUCAAACUAUGGUCAAUUGACACGCAAUCCGCAACUCGUAUUCUGCCGAGAUCGAAGUUCAAGAACCCAACUUCGAACAUCUUGAGUCUUUCAUAUAAAGGCUCCUUCCUGUACGCCGGCCUGUCAGACGGCACGGCUAAUAUUUACAACCUCGCAUCAAAUCAACUUGUUCAGAAGUUAAAUGUGGGUGAUCGAGACCGAUAUAACGACCAUUUCACAGAGACCGAGUCAUGGCAAGCAGCCGAUGGAAAGAUUUUGGCCAUGGCGUUGACAUCCACUCCUGACCAUGACAUGCUGGUCACAGGAGGCAAUGACAAUGUUGUCUCCUUCUGGGAAGCUGAGCUAGAUGCUCACAUCUCCGUGUCUUCUUCGGCACGAAGUAAUGAUGAGCUGCUCAACGCGCUACGAGAAUUCGUGGCGUAUCGCACCGUUGCAUUAAAUCCCACCUGUGUCCGCGACUGCCAUGAUGCCAUUACAUUUCUACGCAAACAAUGCAACGCCUUCAGUGCGACGACCACCCUUCUCUCCCCUCAGGAAGGUGUCAACCCGAUUCUCCUUGCCAAAUUCCCGGCAUCCAACCCCUCCAAAUCGACGAGAUCAGUUCUGUUCUAUGGACACUACGAUGUCGUCGACGCUGAGUUCGAUCCGUCGAAUCCGAGCCCGACCUGGUAUGCCGACCCCUUCAGUCUUCAGCCGAUGAAUGGUUUCCUGUAUGGCCGGGGCGUGACAGAUAAUAAAGGCCCAAUCUUGGCUGCAAUAUAUGCCGUCGCCGACCUCGUCCAGCACGGCUCGUUGUCCUGUAAUGUGACUUUUCUCCUCGAAGGCGACGAAGAAGCAGGUUCCCGUGGCUUUCGCAAAACAGUACAAUCCGCCCACGACGCAAUUGGACCGGUGGACUUCAUCCUUUUAUCUAAUAGCUACUGGCUCGAUGACCAUAUUCCUUGUCUGACAUUCGGUAUGCGCGGCGUCGUCCAUGCAUCCGUUACCAUAUCCUCGAACAAGCCCGAUCUUCACUCCGGCAUGGAUGGGAAAUCUGUACAGCACGAACCAUUGAAAGACUUGACCGUCCUCCUUGCCGCACUCGUUGGUCCAAGCGGCACGAAAGUCACAAUUCCGCAAUUCUACGACACGGUCGACGAUUUAUCCGAGUCAGAGAUGCAAUCCUACGCCUCCAUUACCUCAUCCCUGCUCCCAGGACACCCGGAAAUCAAAAACGACAAAGCCUUCGCCCUCUCUCUCAUGCAACGCUGGCGCUACCCGAACCUUACAGUGCACCGAAUCGACGUCCCCGAAGCAAAGACGGCCGUGACGAUAAGUGGCUCUGCGACCGCGACACUAUCGAUCCGCAUCGUGCCAUCGCAGACCGCCGAGCAAAUCGCGACCAGCUUGUCCACAUACCUGCACGACCAGUUCACGAAACUCCAGAGCUCAAAUACCCUUCGUGUGAGUAUUACCUCGAAGGCAGAUCCCUGGCUAGGCGACGUGAGCAGCGAAAUGUACACGACGCUGAAAGAUUCGGUCGUGGAAGCCUGGCACUCAGAUGCCCUGGGGUCGAGUUCUGGCUCAGGGUGGAGGGCAUUUACCUUUACGCCGUCGCCGUCGCAGAACCAACACGCCACAUCCUCCUCACCAUGCUCUGAUGCAUCUCCCAGCAAGACCCGCACCUCACACCGCCGCGCCUCCUCCCUCGCCAGCGCCGGCACAUUCACACCCGGUACCCUACCCCGAGAACCACUCUUUAUCCGCGAAGGAGGCUCAAUUCCUGCUCUUUCGUUCUUGGAACACGAGUUCCAUGCCCCAGCUGCAAUGUUCCCCAUGGGCCAGGCGAGUGAUAAUGCACACUUGGACAAUGAGCGCAUGAGAGUAGAGAAUCUUUGGAAGGGCAGAGACGUGUUGAAAAAAGUUUUCGCACGGUUAUAA